GCCCGAACAGUUCAGUUCAGGAAGAAGAAAUAAUGGCGACGCUUCUGGGGUCCGGGUCCCCUUGUACUGGAGGAAAACGAAGACAUUGCACCAGCAAUAUCAUUAAGAAGUUCACGGCCAGUAAAAUUACUGGCCAGGGUUUCAGUCGAGGGACGCAGCUCCCAGGAGGCCUGCUCCAAGAGCGAGAGAAACGGGCCAAGUGGCAUGGCAUCCCUACUCUGCUGCAGAAGCUCUACGAGAGCAGCCAUCCCAACAGUGACCUCUCACAUGCCCACAACUUUCUUAAGGUAUUAUCAUCCCAGCUCUCCAUGGAGGCCAUGUCUUUUGUUACGGAGGACCGCAAGACCGCUCAGGAAUCCACCUUCCCCAACACAUACACCUUUGACCUCUUUGGUGGAGUCAAUCUGCUUGUGGAGAUCUUAAUGAGACCCACAUUAACUAUGCAGAAGAAAAACCCGAAAACAGUGAAUGAUGACUUGGUCAAGGACUGCCUUAGUAUUCUCUACAACUGUUGUAUAUGUACAGAGGGGGUCACAAAGAGCCUGGCAGCGAGGGAUGACUUUGUUCUGUUCCUUUUCACCCUGAUGACAAACAAGAAGACCUUCCUACAGACUGCUACCCUAAUUGAAGAUAUUCUUGGAGUCAAAAAGGAGAUGAUCCAGUUAGAGGGCAUUCCUAAUCUGUCAGGUCUGGUCCAAAGCUUUGACCAACAGCAGCUUGCCAACUUCUGUCGCAUCUUAUCUGUCACCAUCUCAGAACCUGAUGUAGGAAACGACGACAAGCACACACUGUUGGCCAAAAAUGCCCAGCAGAAGCGCAAUGCUAGCCCCUCACGGGCAGAGGUCAACCAGGUAACCCUGCUGAACAUCCCUGGCUUCAUUGAGCGGCUGUGUAAGCUGGCCACUAGAAAGGUGUCUGAAGCCACUGGAGCGAAUUUCCUGCAGGAGCUGGAGGACUGGUACACAUGGCUGGACAAUGCUCUGGUGCUGGACGCCCUCAUGCAGAUGGCAACUGAGGAGGCUGAACAAAGCAGUACAGAGUCAUCAGAUGAGAGUUCCCUGGCCACCAGCCCACUGAGACACAGACUACCCCAGUCCAUGAAGAUUGUCCAUGAGAUAAUGUAUAAAGUGGAAGUGCUCUAUGUGCUAUGUGUCCUUCUUAUGGGCCGACAGAGGAACCAGGUCCACAAGAUGCUGGCUGAGUUCCGUCUCAUCCCGGGUCUCAAUAACCUGUUUGACAAGCUCAUCUGGAGGAAAUACACUGCUUCAAAUCAUGUGGUGCAUGGCCAGAAUGAGAACUGCGACUGUAGUCCGGAAAUAUCAUUCAAAAUCCAGUUCU